AUGGGAGCGCGACACCAAGGAGGAGUCUUUGGGUCACUUUCCUGCGUCGCAGAUAAUGUGGCUGAAGAGAGAGAAAGUCCUAAUGGUGAGGCUCAUGAGAACUUCGUGGACAUUAUGUUCAAUCUGGCAUCGGCGUAUGUCGCGCAGGGCCAUGUUCGAUUGAUUGGACAAGUCGUGGCCAAGGAGUGCGAAAGGUCGCGCGACCCACCCACCAAGUCUGGCUCAACAUUGACCUUCGAGGAUGUCCUGCCAGAGGUGAAAGAAGGCUUCAAGACUGGCGAGCAAGAAGUGAAAUGGGGCUCGACAUAUCGCAGUCAUUAUAAUGUCUCGAGCAGCUUUCGCAGCGACAAAGCCUUCAUUGUUGGUGAUGCUGCUCACACGCACAAUCCUCUCGGAGGCCAAUGCAUGAACGUGGGUGUCAUGUAUGCCAUAAAUUUAAUGUGGAAACCCGCGAACGUGACCGAGCAGCGUUCAAUGACCAAGGAAGCGAAGAAUGCGCUUCUGGGCGCAUAUGAAUCGGAGCGAUGA